AUGAAAGGCGUUCUUGGCCUUUCCUUGCUCCCGUUGCUGGCAGCCGCCUCUCCUGUGGUAGUCGGCUCCAUCCACAACGGAGCAGCCCCCAUUCUUUCAUCCACAAAUGCCAAAGAGAUCCCAGAUUCUUACAUCAUUGUUUUCAAGAAGCACGUAGAUGUUGAAUCAGCUGUUGCUCACCAGAGCUGGGUUCAGGAGAUCCAUGGCCAGCAGAACGAGCGAUCGGAGCUGAAGAAGCGCUUCCUCGGACUCGAGUUCGGGUUCAGCGAUGAGCUGUACGCGGGAUUGAAGGACACUUUCAAUAUUGCCGGAUCUCUGAUGGGAUACUCUGGUCACUUCCACGAAGAUACCAUUGAAGAGAUCCGCAAUCAUCCUGACGUUCAAUACAUCGAAAGGGACUCUGAAGUCCACACCUUGGAGGAUACAUCCAUCGAGAAGAAUGCCCCAUGGGGUCUUGCUCGUAUCUCUCAUCGUCAUAGCCUCUCCUUCGGCACAUUUAAUAAAUACCUCUACGCCUCUGAUGGUGGUGAGGGUGUUGAUGUUUACACUAUUGAUACUGGUAUCAAUGUUGACCACGAGGACUUUGAAGGUCGUGCCUCCUGGGGUGCCACUAUCCCUACCAACGAUGAAGAUGCAGACGGCAACGGUCACGGUACCCACUGUUCCGGCACUAUUGGUGGCACUAAAUACGGUGUUGCUAAGAAGGCCAACCUCUACGCUGUCAAGGUCUUGCGAUCCAGUGGCUCUGGUACCAUGUCCGACGUCGUCCGUGGUGUUGAGUGGGCUGUUGAGAAUCAUCUUAUGAAGGCCAAGAAGGGUGGCAAGGGCUUCAAAGGCAGCGUUGCUAACAUGAGUCUUGGCGGCGGCAAAUCAAAGACCCUUGAAGAAGCUGUCAAUGCUGGCGUAGAGGCUGGCGUUCAUUUCGCGGUCGCUGCUGGCAAUGACAACGCUGAUGCGUGCAAUUACUCUCCAGCGGCCGCUGAGAAAGCCAUCACUGUUGGUGCCUCGACACUUGCAGAUGAGCGUGCUUACUUCUCCAACUACGGAAAGUGCACUGAUAUCUUUGCUCCUGGCCUCAACAUCCUCUCCACCUGGAUUGGUGGCAAGCAUGCCGUCAACACCAUUUCUGGAACCUCCAUGGCUUCUCCUCACAUUGCUGGUCUCCUGGCCUACUUUGUCUCUCUUCAACCUUCCAAGGAUUCUGCUUUCGCUGUCGAGAUUACUCCAGAGAAGCUGAAGAAGGAUCUGAUCUCCAUCGCUACCGUGGGUAUUCUCACCGAUAUCCCAUCGGACACCCCCAACCUCCUCGCUUGGAACGGUGGUGGCUCUACUAACUACUCUGACAUCGUCGCUAAUGGUGGCUACAAGGCUGGUCCUAAGUCUGAUUCUAAGUCUGAUUCUACUCCCUUCAAGCCUGGCGGUAUCCUCGCCCAGGCUAUGUAA